UCACUUUAAUUUUUACCUCAAUGCUUUCAUGUGUCCUGUCAAAAUUGCAUCACUUUCCUCAGGUUUUGCCACACUUUUAAAACUGUGAUAAAGAUGACUACGAAUGUUGCUAACGGCGUAAACGAGCCGGAAAAAAUCGAAAAUGAUGCCGAAGACAUUGUGGAUCCAUGGACAGUAGUAAGCAGCUCGGACAAAGGAGUUGACUACGACAAACUAAUAAAACGUUUUGGUAGCUCUCAGAUCGACCAAGAACUUAAAGAUCGAUUCGAAAAGGUGACCGGCAAGCCAGUUCACCACUUGCUACGAAGAGGAAUCUUUUUCUCUCAUCGUGACAUGCAUUCAAUUUUAAAUCAGUAUGAGGCUGGUAAACCUUUUUAUUUAUACACUGGGCGGGGACCUUCGUCGAACUCGAUGCAUUUAGGUCACCUCAUUCCUUUCAUACUUUGCAAGUGGUUGCAAGACGUUUUCGAUGUGCCUAUAGUAAUUCAAUUAACUGAUGACGAAAAAUGUUUGUGGAGGGACAUAAAAUUGGAGGAGGCAAAUAAAAUGGCAUAUGAAAAUGCUAAAGACAUAAUUGCGGUUGGAUUUGACUUGAAUAAAACCUUUAUUUUCUCUGAUCUUGAUUAUGUUGGUCAGUGUCCGGAGUUUUAUAGGAACAUGAUUCGAAUACAAAAGUGUGUCACAUUUAAUCAAGUUAAAGGCAUUUUUGGUUUCGGUGACAGUGAUGUGAUCGGUAAAAUUUCUUUCCCUGCAGUACAAGCAGCUCCGGCUUUAUCAACAUCAUUCCCUGAUAUCUUCGCCGGUAAAAAGAUUCCUUGUUUGAUUCCAUGCGCCAUCGACCAAGAUCCUUAUUUCCGAAUGAUGCGUGAUGUUGCACCAAGAAUUGGUUUCCAGAAACCCGCUCUGCUGCAUUCGACAUUCUUUCCGGCAUUACAAGGUGCCAAGACCAAAAUGUCGGCAUCGGAUCCGAACACUACAAUCUUUUUAACCGACACUCCGAAGCAGCUGAAAAAUAAAAUUAACAAACACGCCUUUUCCGGCGGGCAAACGACUGUUGAGGAGCAUAGAGAACGGGGAGGAAAUUGUGAUGUAGAUAUUUCAUACCAGUAUUUAACAUUUUUCCUAGAAGAUGAUGAUCAACUGGAAAAAAUUAAAAAGGAUUAUACUAGUGGUGCUUUGUUAACGGGUGAACUUAAGAAAAUAUUAAUUGAUACUGUUACACCUAUACUACAAACACAUCAAGAAAGGCGAGCAAAGAUUACUGACGAAGUACUUAAAGAAUAUAUGACACCAAGGAAAUUAGGCUAUAAUUAUUAGUUAGGCAUUUCUUUUCUUUUUGUUAGUAAUUUAUUGAUAUUUAUUUUGAAAUACUGUGAAUUUUAGCUACUAGUCAUUUAACUGUUGGUUGAGAUUCCAUAUUUCAUUUCUGAAUUUACAGUAAGACAAAAGUAAUGCAAUUUUUUAAUUUUUCUUCACUGAUAUAAUUUGUAUCUUUGUUAUUUUUUUUCUAAAGCACUGCACGUUUUUUUUGUUCAUACUUUAUAAUAAAAUCGAAAA